CGGGGCUGCUCAGUGUGGCGGUAGCGGACUGACUGACGGAAGGAGCCAGCGACGUGCCCGGAGCUCCUGCGCCCAGAACCUGACCAGAGCCAGCUGCCUCCUCCUCCAACUCGCGCGCUGUGCCCAGACCAGGCCAGGCCAGACCAGGCCAGGCCAGCCUUGGCCGCGGCUGCCUCUCCUCCACCUCUGCUUACUUCGCCUCGCCUCGGAUCUCCACGCCGUGCCCCCGCCAUGGUGUCCUGGAUCAUCUCCAGGCUGGUGGUGCUCCUGUUUGGCACUCUUUAUCCUGCAUAUUAUUCUUACAAGGCAGUAAAGUCAAAGGACAUUAAGGAAUAUGUAAAAUGGAUGAUGUACUGGAUUAUAUUUGCACUUUUUACAACAGCAGAGACAUUCACGGAUAUCUUUCUUUGCUGGUUCCCCUUCUAUUAUGAACUAAAAAUAGCCUUCGUGGCCUGGUUGCUGUCUCCCUACACAAAGGGCUCCAGCCUCCUCUACAGGAAGUUUGUGCAUCCUACGCUGUCUUCGAAAGAAAAGGAAAUCGAUGACUGCCUGGUCCAAGCCAAAGACCGGAGCUAUGAUGCCCUGGUGCACUUUGGGAAGCGGGGGCUGAACGUCGCGGCCACCGCCGCUGUGAUGGCUGCUUCCAAGGGACAAGGUGCCUUGUCGGAGAGGCUCAGAAGCUUCAGCAUGCAAGACCUCACUACCAUCCGUGGUGACGGGGCUCCUGUCCCCUCUGGCCCACCUCCCUCAGCCUCUGUGCGGACCAGUGGCAAACACGGCCAGCCCAAGAUGUCCAGAAGUGCAUCUGAGAGUGCUGGAAGUUCAGUGUGUACUUGCUGCUCCUCAUGCAGGACCUGGAAAGUGGUUGAGGGAGAUGUGAAUGAGGGGGGUGUGAAGUUAUGGAAGCCCCAACGAGACAAGAACCCAUUGGUAUUUUCCGAUGAGGAAGAGGAAGACCUGUUGGAUUACAUGUACAAGUUUAAAGCACCCCGGAAGACGGAAAGACCUCUGGAGGCACCGCCUAGGACCCUUCGUUCUCGCUUCAGGAAGAAAUGUACCUCAUCCCCUGCCACUGAAACCAUGUGAGACAAGCCAACAGCACCGGGAUCCACAGAACGCCUCUUCUCUGCCUUAAAGAGCUAUUUACUUAAUAACCUAGAAAUCUGGGAGCUGGGUGUGCUUUGAGUGGGCAGCAUUGUACUCAUGGCCUUCUCUCUCUCCUCUUCCUCUUUUUUUUUUUAAUUAAUUUUCCCAGAGGAAGGAGCUAUGGGUGGGAUAGCAAGGGGUGGCCUUUAAAUCCCCUGAAGCAGGUAGUUUUCACAGCUCAAUUGUCAUCAACUUGACUGAAGAACAUCAUUGGGGAAAUCGCCUCUGCUGUCAGAAAUACAGAAGUGUUUGGGGUAUCAGUUUGUAAUUUAUCCGUUGUUUACCUAGUUUUUAUCUCCAUAAAAGCAAACGAUAGCAAUUAAAAAUAUCUCCUCUCCUUGAUAAGAAUAUUUUGGAUCAUCAUGUAUUUUAUAUUUUAUGGUAUUUUUUUGGUUAAAAUAAAGAGGCUUGCAGGGGCCAUCAUAGUUAUGCAAAGAGACUGGGAAAAAAAGGAGGACGGGGUUGGUUUGUUCUUUUUCAAAGCAACAAACCCACUGAUAUUUUUGUUCCCAUAUAGAAUUUGUAAAAGCUUCCAGGUAACUCGAGUAGGUGCCUGGCAAGUAUUUCACUACAUGAGAAAGGACAGAAAAAAAUAGAGAUGGAAUGAAGAGAGAUCUGGUAGUCACCCCUCUCUGCCACGUUUUUCUUUUCCAUUCCCAGUAAGCCCUAGGGUUUUCCAGAUGACCCCCUGACAUGUACCAGGAAGCUGAACACCACACAAUGAAGGGUUUAAGGUCUAUGCAUUGAAUUCAGGGCCAGGAACCCUUGAAUCCUGAUUGGGGCCUUGACAUUUCUGCUUGAUGUAACCAUAGGCAGGAUCCUUAACCUUACAAAACUUCCUGGGGAUGCACCUGUCUCUCAGGAAUGUCAUAUGGACUCAUGCACAGAACAAGCUUAUUGGUUG